AUGUUGUGUUCGGAGUUUGAUAGAGUUCGAGUUGGUUGCAAUUUUUCUUCUGCCUUUCCUGUUAGUAGUGCAGGUAGGAAGGGUGGUUUGGCUCUUCUAUGGCAGCAGGAUAUUUCUGUCACUAUAAAGAAUUUUUCUAGGUACCAUAUUGAUGCUGUGGUGGAGAAUUUUGGUGGUGGUUGUCCCUGGAGGUUUACGGGGGUGUAUGGUGAAUCAGUGGCUGAUCUUAGGUUCAACUUUUGGAAGAUUAUGCAAACUCUGUCCUCGGUGAUUAAUUUACCCUGGUUGUGUGCGGGUGACUUCAAUGAAAUUCUCUUUGAUUUUGAGAAAAAAGGGGGCCCUCCAAGGCAAACUUCGUUGAUGCAACAGUUUCAUGAUGCACUUGAAAUUUGUAAUAUGGUUUCUAUGGACUCUUCGGGUCCUCCUUUCACUUGGUCUAAUGGUAGAAGUGAUCCAAACAAUGUCAGAGUCAGGCUUGAUAGGGCUGUAGCUAACCCAGAAUGGAGGCUCCUUUUCCCACAGUGCAAUGUUCAAGUUUCCACCUUUGCCAAAUCUGAUCAUAAUCCGCUGGUAAUUAGUCUGGUUCAGAGAACUAGUGUACCGGUUGGAAGGAGGAAGGGGAAGUUUAAAUUUGAAGAAUACUGGACUACCCACCCAGAUUGUAAAGAACUCAUUAAGGAGGCCUGGAGUCAGGGUAACCCACACUUACCAAGGAAGCUCCAAGAUUUGUGUUCUCAGCUGCAUGACUGGAGUAGGACUACUUUUAAACUUGGGGACCAUAAACUAGCACAUCUUCAUAAAGAGCUUCUUAGAACUCAAGUUGAUGUGAAUAAUGGAGAUCUAGUUUCAAAGGAGUGGGAGCUUAAGCAAGAAAUUAAUAAUCUCAUGAUGCAAGAGGAGAUGAAGUGGAGUGAGCGUCACCGUCGGAAUCUUAUUAAGCAAAUCAAAAAUGGUCAAGGUGACUUGGUUAAGGAGGAGGCUGAGAUUGCCAGUGCCAGUGCAGAUCAGGGGAGUAUUAUUGAAACAGUUACGUCACGUGUGACUGAUGAAAUGAAUGAAUCUUUGUUGCGGCCUUUCUCAGAGGCAGAGGUGGCAAAAAGCUUGUUCCAAAUGCAUCCUCUUAAGGCUCCUGGCCUUGACGGUCUUAACGCUUUGUUUUAUCAUCGUCAUUGGGAUAUUGUUAAAGGUGAAGUCACAGAGUUCUGUUUAGAUGUUCUUAAUGGAGGUCGAUCGCUGGAAGAGGUUAACUUUACUAAUAUUGCUCUUAUUCCGAAGGUGUCGAAUCCCAUUGUUAUGACAGCCUUUCGGCCUAUAAGCCUGUGCAAUGUUAUAUAUAAAAUAGUGGCCAAAACUAUUGCCAACCGGUUGCGUAAUAUUCUUCCGUUGAUCAUUUCUGAAUCACAGAGUGCAUUUGUUCCUGGUCAGCUCAUCUCUGAUAAUAUUUUGGUGGCUUAUGAGCUUCUACAUUCCUUAAAGAAUAGAAGGCAUGGUAGCCAAGGGUUUUGUGCUUUAAAACUAUAUAUGAGUAAGGCUUAUGACAGAGUUGAAUGGGUGUUUAUUGAAGCGAUGAUGGUCAAACUUGGGUUUCAUCCUAAUUGGGUCUCCCUUAUAAUGAGAUGUGUUUCUUCGGUUAGCUUCUCCGUUCUUAUUAAUGGUAAUUCCUAUGGGAGUUUUUCUCCUGGCAGAGGUCUCAAACAGGGGGAUCCCCUCUCCCAUUUUUUAUUUCUCUUUUUUGCUGAAGGGCUGUCGGCCCUCCUUGUGGAUGCAGAAAGGAGGAAGUUGUUGAAUGGGGUGUUUGCUAGCCGGAAUGGGCCUCGGGUGACUCACUUGUUUUUUGCAGAUGACAGCCUGCUGUUUUGCAAGGCUAAUAUGCAAGAGUGCGAUGUCCUCCAUUCCCUGUUACAAGGUUAUGAGCGAGCCUCAGGACAAAAAAUUAAUUUUGACAAAUCAGGGGCCUUUUUUAGUGCCAACACCUGUGAAUCCAUUAGAAGAAGCAUUUCAGCAAGACUGGGUAUUAGACAAAUGACAAAUCCUGAUCGUUAUCUUGGUCUCCCGGUGAUGGUUGGGAGAGAGAAGCGACGAUCUUUCUAUCAUCUUAAGGAAAGAGUGUUGGCGCGCAUUCGGGGAUGGAAGGAAAAAUUUCUCUCACAGGCUGGUAAGGAAACUCUUAUCAAAGCGGUGGCCCAAUCAAUUCCCACUUAUGCUAUGAGCGUGUUUCGGCUUCCCAACUCUUUCUUUGAGGAACUAAUGGUAGCUUUGAAUAAAUUUUGGUGGAGAAGCAAUGGUGGAAAAGGCAUUUGCUGGGCCAAAUGGCAACAUCUGUGUCAUCCGAACAGCAAGGGAGGUUUGGGAUUUAGAUCUAUGGCUUCAUUUAAUUUAGCGCUUCUUGCUAAGCAGGGAUGGAGACUCUUGGCUAAUGAGAAUUCACUGUGUUUCAAAUUGCUUAAGGCCAAAUACUUUCCUAAUUGUGACUUCAUGAGGGCGUCGGUGGGGAGCAACCCUUCAUGGUCGUGGAGAAGUCUUUGUGAAGGGAGAGAGGUUCUGGAGAAAGGGUUAACCUGGAGGGUGGGAAAUGGGCAAGAUAUCUCUAUAUGGUUUGAUAAAUGGAUUCCACGUCCUUGGAAUUUUGGGCCUAUUACUCAGAUCAAUCCGCAUCUAGGUCACUUGGGGGUCCAUCACCUUAUUAACUUUAGGAAGGGCUGCUGGGAUGAGCAUUUUAUGCGUCAGAUUCUCCUCCCUGUUGAUGUCGAAGCGAUCCUAGAAAUCCCCCUUGGUGACGUGAGAGCUAGGGACUCCAGACGUUGGUAUUUUGAGCCUAAAGGGAUCUACACAGUUAAAAGUGGUUACAGGGUCCGUGAGGAGUGGAACCAAUUUAAUAAAAAUGAUGCAAGAUCAAGCUCUCGUACGUCCAUGGGAAUCUGGAAUGCUAUUUGGGGGGCAAGGAUUCCUCCAAAGAUUAAAACCUUUGUGUGGAGGUUAUGUAAUGACUAUGUGCCAACUUUUGAGAAUUUAAAGAGACGGGGAAUUCCAGUUCAACAUGGGUGCUUAUUGUGUGGUAGGGAUCGGGAGUCAGCUUUUCAUUUGUUCAUUUUGUGUCCUUGGGUUCGUCAAGCAUAUUUCAAAGCUGGCCUACCUCAUUCUCAUAACGUCCAUCCUGGAUCUUCUGUGAUGUUGUGGGUAGAUGGCCUAGUCCAUAAUAUGAACACAGCUACUUUCUCUCGUUUGCUCGUUUUCCUUUGGCAGCUGUGGAAUGUGCGAAACAAUGUCCUACACAGAGGUAUAAUGUGUACCCAUGAAGCAGUUGGAGUGCAAGUUGACCAGUUAUUGCAUGAAUUUAAGGCUGCACAGGAGUCUAAUUUUCAUGGGGCACCUUUAGGAAGCUUGUCUCCAAUAAAAUGGCAAGUUCCCCCACCGCGAGUUAUCAAGAUCAAUUAUGAUGCAGCGUUGAAAGAUGGGAAGAUUGGGAUUGGUAUUAUUGCUCGGGAUGCAAGUGGUGCUCAUCUUGCCUCAAAGGUAGUCUGCAAAAAGGGGCCGAAGCUCCCUUAUUUUGCUGAAUGUUUAGCUGCUCGGGAGGCUGCUGCUUUUGCUAUGAAACUUCAAAUGGUAGAUAUUAUUUUGGAGGGUGAUGCUAUGCUUGUGACUGCUGCUUUGAUUAGUGAAGGCAUUGACUGUUCUGAGGCGGGGCUGUGUAUUAGCAGUACUAAGGUCUUGUUAUCUAGUUUCCAAAGGGUGGCCUGUUGCCAUGUAAAGAGAGGGGCUAAUACUGCAGCGGAUAGUUUAGCUAAGCAUGCUAUGGUUUGCGAUUCUGAUAUGGAAUGGCUUGGGAACUGUCCAAGUUUCAUUUCGAAUUUUACCCUCUACAAUCCCCACAAAACAACCAACAAAAAGAGACUUCUAAAAAGUGGAAGGCCACCUUUAUGGCAUCAAUCACAGCAACAACAUUUUUCUCGAGCAAUUCAUUUGCAUUCACUCUCAAUCAAUGUUAUAAAAAUUGUGUCGGACAUCGACUUGAGCAAGGGACCAAUUACUAGUUCACUGAUUCAACCAAACUGUGCUGACUUGUUGACCGUAUGCCUUGCCGAUGGCGGCGAAUCUCCUCCACUAGACCGCGGCGGCGGAGCUGGAUUGUACUUUGGUAAUGCUGUUGGGGUAGAAAUUGGUGGCAUCGCAUGUUUUGGCGAUGUGGGAGAUGUGUACUUAGGCAAAUGUGGCGACUUGGGGCUCCCAAAGGGCGGUGAAGAAGGCGCUAUAAUUGGCUCUAGUGGUGGUGGUUCUGACGAUACUGGAGUGGUUGGCACCGGGACGGAUGACGAUGGGGAAGAGAAGAACGGUGUUAGAGGCGGCAAUUUAGGCUUAGGCAACGGAGGCAAAGCCAGGAAAUUGGGCAUCACUGAUCUACUGCAUAGUGUAGGUUUAAAUAGAUGGGCGUGGGAAGCUCAAGUGCAUUCAAUGGGAGUCUUGGAUGGCCUCACUUGGUUUGGUGACUUGGGGUCAGCUAUUCAUAUGCAUGGUUGCCGCCUGUUUGGCGGGAAGCGGCACCGCCCCGCCAAACAAAUGGUGGAUGCCAACGAUUCCGUAGGCAUUUCAGAACGGAACCGGGAUUCAUCCCAACCGACUCAGACACUCCUCGAUGACUCGUACCUCAUUUCCUUUGGUUUAAAUACUACUACUAAUGACAAGUUUGGUUGUUGA